AUGUUUAGCUCCCUCGCUUUGGCGCUGAGCCCGUGGUUGAUUGGACGCGUUUCCGGCGCGGUCCACGACUUGUUUGUGGGCAAUCUCAUGGACCCGGCCCGCAUCUACUCUUUGUCGUUCGACGACGCGACGAACGAGUUCCGCCGCAAUGGAAACAUCACCGCCGAUGCGAGCCACGCCUGGAUUGGGUUCGAUGUAAGUCGAGUCUGGGUGAAUCUCGACGAGUGUUGCAGCUGA